UUGGCGGCGGGGCGGUUGGGCGGCUGGACAUGGCGGCGGCGCGGAGCGGCGGGGAGGAGGCAGCGGCGGGCGGCGAUGGGGGUGAUGGCGGCUCGCCCGUGUCGGCGGCGCCGGGCCGCGCCCAGGUGUUCGACACCGUGGUGGACACCUUCCUAGAGAAGCUGGUGGCAGCCGGGAGCUACCAGCGGUUCGCGAACUGCUACCGGUGCUUCUACAAACUGCAGCCCGAAGUGACGAGGAGCAUUUACGAUCAGUUUAUAUCCCAGCUGCAGACGUCCAUCAAGGAGGAGAUCCAGGAGGUCAAGGAUGAAGGGAAUCUGGAGAUGCUCUUUAAUUCACUGGAUAAGAUCGUGGAGGAGGCAAAGAACCAGGAAGAGCCUGCAUGGCGUCCCAGCGGGAUCCCGGAAGAGGAUGUUCGCAGCGCGAUGGUGCCGUACCUCCUUAAGCACAGGUCGCACCUGCGGAAGGUCCUGAAGGAGAAGGAGGAAGAGAACGGGAAGGUAGCGGAGUCUGUGCUUGCGGGGAGGGAUAGGAUUGCGGAGCUGCAGCGGCUGAUACAAGCUCGCAAACAUGCCUGGCAGGCAAUUAGUAAAGAGCAACGAGAACUCGUCAUGAUGUUCCAGGAGACCCAGUGAGGACGCGGGGAGAGUCUGCGUGUUUUGUGGGGGGUGUCGAUCCUCCCCUCGGCAGCGCGGACGACGCGCUGGGAAGUGGGACUCCGUGCGUGGCAUAAGCCAACCACGCAAACUCACCGUCAUCUUGUCAGGCCAGAAGCAGCUUGCGCCGGGACUGCAAAGCUGCCGGACUUGCACGCUUUGAUCAAAGUUUGUGAAGAAAUAAAAAAAGACACAUCGGGAUCUUUGGAAAUAGAGGACAAUUCCCUAUCCCCUGCUCGGCUCAGCAGGGAGGAGAACCCCGCAGAUCUGAUAGCCACAGCACGUCUGUACACUCACACGCCUCUUCAGCGCUGUGACGGGCAUGAUUCUAACUUGCUAAAGCCAAAUUUGUGGCCUUUGAAGGUAUUUCGGGUGCGCAUUAGAGAAAAAUCGGUGCCUUACGCACAGAGGCUGCGCCGUGCUCAGGAGCGAGGAGCCAGGGAGCUGUAGCACACGAGGCCCGCAGUCGGGUACACGCUGCCACGGCAUUUUGUACAGCUGGGGUGCAAAGAGCCCCACGGGACUCUUGCCAUGUUUUUGCAGUGUUCCUUUUCAGUACCCGUGUCUUUAAACAACUGUCGACCCGCGGCCUGUCAGAACAGACGUGGCAGCAGCCGCUUUAUCGCAUCGAGUUCCUUGGUGCCAUUUAUUCUUUCCAGUUAUUUUCCAACCCCGCUUCCCUCCCACAGAUACGCGCUGAGGGCGCUUCUCCGAGGACGCAGCGUGAAGCAUCCGGGGAUGUGCCGCCCGUGUGUGCGUGGAGCCGAGCGGAGGUUGGAACGGCCCUGCCUUGGCUUUGUGGGCUCAUGGCAAAGGGAUUUAAUGCUUUCCCGUGAAACCUCCACGUUGGCUCCCGGAACCAAACUGGGUUGGGUUUUACCCGCCUGGAGUUGUUCUUUAGCCUCUCAUCGGAAGUUUGCCAGCCAGGGGAGCAGGGACUCGCUGAGUCCGCCCGGCGGGGGGUGUUAGUGAAGCCCUGCAAGCGAGGUGUUCCUUCAAAGGGAAGAAAAGGUCCUUCCUCUGGGCUGGGCAGAUCAUGAGGAGAGUCUUACUGAGCCUGACAAGGGCUGAUUGCGAGGCUGUUUCCAGCAGACACCAGAUAUGCCGAGGGCAGCUGGUGCUCUGCUCUUCUCAUCCUCCGUGCCUGUUGUGCCCUUCGCCCGUUGGUGCGUGCUGUCCCGAGGAGAGGUUGUGCCCUGUGUGGUGGGGAAAUACAAAUUCUGAGAACAACAGUGGUGAUUUCCACCGAGCACAAACCUCUGUUUUCAAUUAGAGGCACCCAGAGCCUGCGAUUGACUGACUUAGGCAUAUUUUCCUUCUGUCGUAAACAAGCCUUCCCUCGCUGCAUUAUAAUCUAAAUAAAUUGGAGCUGUUGUUCCCCCGG